AUGUUCCCGCCAGACGGCCCUCUCCACAUUCGUCAGACUCGAUCACCAAUCCCCUGGUCUCCCAGACAUCAACUUACGUCCGAGACUCGGUGGGAAGAUAUCCGAGUGUUCAGCCACCUUCAGGAAUCAGUGCCACAGAACCAGGCUUCCUCAAUCCCAGUGAACGUCGACGGGACUGCCUAUCAAUUAGAGUACACUUGUUCGACCUCCGACGCAGCUCCGGACACCACUGAUCUUCCCUCUAUCGAUUACACACUGUAUCUCAUGAACGCGGUGAAAUUUCACACCUGUCAGAUGUUUCGUCCAUUCGACGAGGAGGAAUUUACUCGUCACCUCUACGAAUUUCACGAACAAGGCACAGCCAAGAUCCAGACCUCCAGGCUGUGGUUUGUCCAAUUUUUACUGAUCGUAGCCCUCGGAAAGGCCGUGGUCGUCGUGGUCAAGGACCCGACGACGGCGCCGGGUUCGGCGUGGUUUCAACGCGCCAUGUCCAUCCUCCCGGAUUUUGUUCGUCUUCUACGGGAGCCCAACCUGGCUGUUCAGGUCCUCUGCCUGGUCGCCUUGUACCUCGUGUCAAUCGACAUGAAAGAGGCGGCAUAUGGAUAUGUGGGUCAGGCCGUCCGGAUUUGCUUGCUUGAAGGUCUUCAUCGCGAAAGUCCAAGGCAAGUCAUGGGUGAUCGACUGGCAAAUCACCAUCGAGACAUAUGGUGGACCGUCUAUAUCCUCGACCGCCGUCUUUCAUGCAUGAUCGGUGCCCCUUGUUCAAUCCAGGAUUCCGACAUCACCUGUCCCCUCCCAGCGGUGGACGAUCGGUCGCAGCGAGGGGCAGUGCUCAAUAUCCAUGUUAAAAUCUCCAGGUUAAUGGCCCAGAUUCUGAACUCUGUUUACAGCGUCGAGCGCCUGAGUCGCCCGUUCGUCAAAGUGGUUCAGGCCGCUCUCCGGGACAUGGCAGCCAUGGCUCACGAAAUGGAUGCUAUCUUCACCUCUGCGGCUUAUGGCUCCGUUGGCGCCGUCUCGACAGUCGCCGGUCACAUUAAUUUGUCAUAUCAUCAGUGCAUCCUUCUCGCUACGCGACCGCUCUUACUCCACCUGUUGAUUGCUCGGUUGAAGGGCACGUUCAAUCCGCAGGAUUUGGAGAAGACACUUCGGCCGCAGACAAAGUACCUCUUAAAGACUUGUCUCCAGUCUACCCGAACCACACUCAAAAUCCUAGUCACCCUAUAUGAACAUCAUCUCCUGGAUUCGUUCCUCCCCUUUGACCUUGAAAGCGUCUUUUCUGCUGCAUUCAUCAUUACUAUGGCGGCCGCCGUUGUCCCUUCCAUGAUCUCAGAUGCUGCCGCAUAUAGGACCAUAAGCUAUCGGAUCAUAGACUAUAUGAUUCGCAAAGGCAGUGUCCCUGCCCAGCUCAGGAAGAAGGAAUUACUUUGUCUCGAACAGAUGAUCCGACCUUUGUUGGGUAGUGAAGGCCCCCGGCCACUUGGGGCCCUCGACCAUGUGGAGCAAAUUACGAACUCUUUCAGCCCAGACACCGGCAUCUUCGGUGGCUGGAUCGCCGCUCCUGGAGAGAGUGGCCUAAGUCCGGCGCAAAUGUUGAACAUUGCCGACCAGUUGGAGCCUCAGGUCCAAGGGUCCGCAUCUACCGGUGGCGACCUUGGUGUUGACCAUGACUGGGCAAUGACGAGUCCCUGGACUUGGUGGUUCGAGCUGCAAAGUGAGCAAGAACACCGCUUCUUCUGA